AUGACGAAAAUAACAGAUGCAGCAACGAGACAGGCAGUUCAAAGUGCCUAUGACGCCGUUAGAGCAACUGUUGUGGAAAGUCAAGAAAAAGAGUUACAACAGACCAAAACAGACCUAGUAAAUGCUUUCUUAAGAACGAAAAGUCAGGUAGGACAUUACGCUGCAGAUGGAACAUAUGUGCCAGCUGGUGGAACUUAUAUACCACCAAACCCUCCAAGAGAAGCACCUGCACCAGGACUACCUAGAACAUUUACAUCGUCACAUGGACACAGACACAGGCAUGCACCAAAACCAACACAACAACCAACACAACAACCAACACAACAACCAGCACAACAACCACCUCCACAACCAGCACAACAACCAACACAACAACCAGCACAGCAACCAACAGUUCAAAACCCUGCACAACAACAACCACAAACAGAGCAAGGACAUAAAAGAAGUAGAGAACAAGGAAACCAAGAAUUCUUAAAAAUGCUUAAAGAAGAGUGUGGUUUCCCAGAUAGUAUUGACUUUAGUGACAGAUAUAAAGAAGCUAUUGGAAAGUUCAAGGAUGGAAAUACUGACCCGAACCUAUUUAGCUUUAUGGCUCAGCACCAAAACGGAUAUAAUCUCAAACCUGGAAAAUACAAGCUCGCUAAGGGAUAUGAUUUAAUAGCAUAUCAUCCAAAUGACAUGGAUGAAUUUACUCCGAGAUAUUUGAUGUCAGAGCUAAAUGACAAUUCAACUUUC